AUGAAUCUCACACCCUCAUCCCUCUCCCUAACUUGCGCCCUCAUAUACUCAACCUACCUCUCCUACCUCUGCAUCGUCCCGCCCAACCCCCCGCCCCAAAACCCACACAAAACCGACCGUUUAAAUCGCGUCGCAGCUCUGCACUCCACGGCCCAAAACCAUAAUAUCCUCAUCCUCCUCAUUCUUCUCUGGACAUACCACCUCACGCUCCUGCUCUUCCCCGGCACCGCACCGUAUAUCUGUCUGAACCCAGACCUGCUCAACCCCUCUCUAUUCACGUGGUCCGUCAGAAGCACGCUUUAUAUAAUUGCUGUUUGUACAUCAUCGUGGAUUCGGUUAGCGAGUUUUAGAGGACUGGGAAAGGAAUUCACAUUCACGCUCGCAGUCCCAAAAAAGCUCAUCACGAGCGGUGUGUACGCCUGGGUGCAGCAUCCGAGUUAUAUCGGCUUAGUUGGGUUGAGGAUUGUGGAUGCGUUGUUUGUGAUGAGGUUUGAUGGCGUGGCUGCGUGUGUACUGCCUAGGAAACUGGUGGGAGUGCCGUAUCUGAGUGAGAUCGUUGCGGUGGUCAUGAUGGCUGCACUGGGAAAGUUGAUUUGGAUGCGGAUUUUGGAUGAGGAGGAGAUGAUGAGGGGGGAGUUUGGUGACGAGUGGGAAAGGUGGCAUGGGAGGACUGCGAGGUUGAUUCCGGGGGUGUUUUGA